UAUGUGGAUUCUAUCGACUUCGGCCUACUUCCCGAGGGUUGGAUACGUUUGCGACACAUAUCUGGACUUGUCAUUUACUUGCAUCGAGCUACGCGUGUUGUCACCCUGUCCCGACCCUAUUCUGUGGGUCCAGGCAGUGUUCGUCAUCAUCAGAUUCCUGUCGUCGCUCUGCCUUGCUUGGCUUAUCGCAAAGCUCGCCCUACAGAGGAGAAUGUAACUUCUGCCACUGCACCAGCUAAGACCUCUGGUAACGCUCUUCAUGAUCCGGAGUUAGGUCCGACUGAUUGUAUCAAAUCCUCUGAAUCGGUGGUAUCCAUUGAUGAGACAGAGACUGAACCUUCAAAGAAAUCUGAAUUCGCAAAAGGAAGGCCCAAGAACAGCCCAUUGAUACCGUCCGUAUCAGAUUGCAACUUUACCCAAAGGGGAAACGAUGACUCUAAUGACGAGGAUCUGAUCAUGCCCAAGCGUGAUAAAGAAGAGGGGGAACUAUCGUCUGGUGAGGAUGAUGAAGACGGCGACGACGAUGACACGUUUUCCAUAGGCACCACUGGUCAUUCUCGGAAACGUGGACGUUUCGAGCCAUCUUCCAGCCCCCUUCCGAGAUCAGUUCCUCCUGUGGUCCAAGAUCCGCUCGAAUCGAAUCCAAAUCCUCGUGUCUGUCUCACCGCAGAAGCUGGUGUUGGUUCGGGAGUUUCGGGAAAAUCGGUGCCCCCACCAACAACUGAAAGUGUCACACCGGCUCCCACCAUUGUUGUCAGUGGUAGUAGACGUCGACGCCGUAAACGUGUCCCAGCCGCUUGUCCCCGAGUUGCACUAUCCGGACAUUCGUUUUCUCAAGAAGCCUCUGGGGCGUGUGUCACCCCAUCUGGAGAUGUUCAGCUGAAUGCUAUCAAUGAAUUAAGUGGUGUAAAGACACAAGUGUUUGCUGUAAAAGAUAAGGAGGUCGAAUCACUUCUAUCUAUCGAGGAAAUUCGUGCUUAUUGUUCCCGCUUGUUCGAAAUCCAAGUUGAAUAUGUGCCCAACAAAAGGUCUCACAGAGAAGACGGUUCAGUCACGGCCAUCGCCGAACCCAAGGCUUCACAAAAUCGUGUCCUUAUGAUGCCGGAAGAAGCUAAAGUUAUUCGCUACCAGCUACCCUCGGCCGAUGGUGAUCCCUUACGUCGACCGUCAAAAGAAGGACUAAUUAAUCUGACCGGGAAGUCAUUUGUUUGCAUUUUGCACGAAUACUGUCAGAACGUAAUCCGUCGUCCACCAACAUAUCAGACAGUGGUACAAGAGAACGACCGAAAUCCGUAUCAGUUGACCGUGGUGAUCGAUGGCAAGCCAUGCGCGACUGGUUCAGGUCAGAGCAAGAAACAAGCUCGAUUAGACGCGGGUGAGUGGUUUGCUUGA